GGCUAAUCCUAUCCUCAAUUGUACACGAAGAUACGAGAACUCGAGAAGGUAUUAGUUUUGCGUCUCAGUUUUAGCAGAAAGACGACCACCAUCAAUUGCAAAUAUUAAUAAUUGAAUGUUCCUUUCUGGGUUUUUGUUUCUGAGCAAAACCCCUUUCGAUUUCCGUCGAUGGAUCACUACAAAGCCCUUGGGCUUAGCAGUAAUGCAACAAAAACAGAAAUCAAGGAAUCUUUCAGGAAACUGGCCCUUAAAUUUCACCCUGACAAGCAUUCAAUGUCACCAAAAGCGGUCAGAGAUGGGGCAGCCCUCAAAUUCAAGCAGGUUGCAGAGGCUUACGAGGUUUUGAUUGACGAUAGAAAGCGUGCAGACUAUAAUAGGGGGUUCGGUUCCUCUAAUGCUGGAGGUGGAUUUGCUGGUGGUUAUGGUUAUGGUUAUUAUAGUAGGAAUAGUUACACAUCCAGGUACAGACGCAGCUAUGCUUCGAAUGGGGUUAAAGGGUUCUUUGACAUGGAUGUGGCUCUUCAGUUUCUAACUAGUCGUGGGUUUCUUCUGAACCUUGCAUUUGCGAGUGUUUUAUUAGGUGCGGCAGUUCUCGUAGAAAGAAGUGGGGAUGCCCUCUGGAAAAUGCAAAAUUCUGGGAAAUCCUUCGAAGAAGCUAUUGAAUCCAUUGAGAAGAACAGAAAGCAAAAAAAGAAGCCAUGAAACACCUACAUUGUGUUUCUAGUUUUCCUGUACUUACGAAAGAGUGUAAAUUGACUGUCCAAUUACUAAAUUAUUUUAUUAGGGGAAUAUAAUCUUUGUAUCUUUAUAACCAAAUAUAGUCUGAUGUAUAUAUUACAACAAAGCAAUAACUGUAAUUGUAAAACUGGAAAUCCUUAUUUAUGUU